AAAUCAGAAAACGAUAGGCUGGAAGAUCGAAUUCGAGAACGAGAUGGAGAGUUACACAGACUACGAAAUCGCCUUGCAGAUCAAAGCUAUCAACCAACUGGAUCACAUACUGGUAUCUCGCCUUUCAACGAUUUGCAUUCCAAGAACGCAUCAGUACUUGCCAUUGAAAACGCUUCUUUAAGCCUCACAUCAGCCACCAUUGAAAAUGCUCGUGAACGCCUCAAGACUCUAGAUCACGAGUCCGCUCGAAUUGAUGAAGCUCUCAGUCGUUGGAAGGAGGAACUUUUCGCGCCCUCUUCAACCGCCCUGCGUAUGAAUAGUCCGACUGACGAUGGCAGUCAAAUUGGAUGUCCUGGAAAUCGCCUGUCUACCGUCUAUUUGACUAACUCUAUGAAAUCUACUGACAUUCGUCAAUUGAGAAAGUUGUCUCUCAUUCGAUCGAUGCCACUCGAAGUAAUGACGAACGAUGUUGGAAACAUUUUGCAUAAUGAAAACUCGGAGACGGCGUAUCAGUCACAAGUGACGCCACAACAAGCGUCCUCUACCGGAGACUGGUGUAUUUUAAAAACUAAAAAAUCCGAUGAUAAACAACAACCUGUAACGCCACUAAGUGCCGAGAGCCCCAUUUCACAGGAAGGUGUCAUAUCUGCGGCUGAAAUUCUUCAGUCAAAUAGAGAUAGUUCCAGAAAAACAGGCGAAGUAUUGAUUUCCAGCCAAACGAAAGCGAAAAAGCAUAGCAUGUCAUCGGGAGAUGCUGUAAUGGAAGCUCUAAAUUUAAUACACAACGGCCAGGAAGUUGCCGACUCAAAGCUUGAUUUAAGUCAUCUUUCUCGGAAAACUGAUGAAAAUGCCAAUGCAGUUCAGUUGUUAAAUGAAAAUGGGGAAUUCAAUAAUGGAAAUGACAGAAGCGAGAGAUCCACAGAAUACACAAGUUCAGAGUUAGUGAGUGGUACGACAGGGUCCAGUGGUAAUUUAAAGGUCUCUGAGGAAGAUAAUACUGACUUCGGUGAAACCACCGAUGCCAAACCUACUAGGAAGGCAAAUGAAAGAAAUCAAAGUUUAUUUUCAAAAUCUUCAUCAAAUAAAGGCGAUAAUUCAAUGAAAUUAAAGUUUGAGGAGGUAGAAAAUGAGCAACUUGAUGGAAACGAUCGCCUGGGUCAUGACAAUUUGGUAAAUAAAGUGGACACAUCUACUGAAUCACAUCUUCUUCAGGAAUGGGCAAGUUACACGUCAUCAGAAAGUCUAAUUCGUGGUUCUAUUGAUAAUCAAUCACGAAUUAUUAGUGAACCAGACCAAAUUUCUUCCCAGACACCUCUAAACGCAGGGACCAGUAGUAACAAUCUACCAAUUCCUUCAGAGACUUUUGAACAGAUUCGAUCGGAACAUAAAAUGCUGGGACGACUGUUCUGUGACCCAUCAUUUCCAGCUGAUGAAAGCAGCUUGUACUAUAGUCGUCGACCUCCAUGCAGUAUUGUCUGGAUGAGACCUCCUGAAAUCGUUUCUGCAAUGUGCAGGACGGAUGUACUUGGGAUCGCUCCACGGAAAAUACAUUAUCCGGAAUUUAUAGCUGAUGGAACUAUUAGACUAGGAGAUCUUCGACAAGGCGAGCUCGAAUCUGCUUGA